AUGCAUUUCCAAGGCUUUUGGCUAUGUUUGGGUCUUCUGUUCGUCUCAAUUAAUGCAGAACCUAUGGAUGAUGGUGUUGAGAUGGAAGACUUUGAAAAUUCAGAAGAGACUGAUGAUAAUGAAGGUGAACCUUCCUCAGAGAAAAAAUAUAAGACACCUCGACCUAUAGGAGAAGUAUAUUUUACGGAAACCUUUGAUAGUGGAAGGUUGGCUGGGUGGGUUUUAUCAAAAGCAAAGAAAGAUGAUAUGGAUACAGAGAUUUCUAUAUAUGAUGGAAGAUGGGAAAUAGAAGAGUUAAAAGAAAACCAGGUACCUGGUGACAGAGGACUGGUAUUGAAAUCUAGAGCAAAGCAUCAUGCAAUAUCUGCUGUAUUAGCAAAACCCUUUAUUUUUGCUGAUAAACCUUUGAUAGUUCAAUAUGAAGUAAAUUUUCAAGAUGGUAUUGAUUGUGGAGGUGCAUACAUUAAACUCCUAGCAGACACUGAUGAUUUGAUUCUGGAAAACUUUCAUGAUAAAACAUCCUAUACCAUUAUGUUUGGACCAGAUAGAUGUGGAGAAGAUUACAAACUUCAUUUUAUCUUCAGACAUAAACAUCCCAAAACUGGAGUUUUUGAAGAGAAACAUGCCAAACCUCCAGAUGUAGACCUUAAAAAAUUCUUUACAGACAGAAAGACUCAUCUUUAUACCCUUGUGAUGAAUCCAGAUGACACAUUUGAAGUAUUAAUUGAUCAAACAGUUGUAAACAAAGGAAGCCUACUAGAGGAUGUGGUUCCUCCUAUCAAUCCUCCCAAAGAAAUUGACGAUCCCAAUGAUAUAAAACCUGAUGAGUGGGAUGAAAGAGCAAAAAUCCCUGAUCCUUCUGCUGUCAAACCAGAAGACUGGGAUGAAAGUGAACCUGCCCAAAUAGAAGAUUUAAGUGUUGUUAAACCUGAUGGCUGGCUUGAUGAUGAACCAAAAUUAAUCCCAAAUCCUGAUGCUGAAAAACCUGAUGACUGGAAUGAAGACAUGGAUGGAGAAUGGGAGGCACCUCGUAUUCCUAAUCCAGCAUGUCGUAUUGGGUGUGGUGAGUGGAAACCUCCCAUGAUAGAUAACCCAAAAUACAAAGGAGAAUGGAGACCUCCAAUGAUUGAUAAUCCUAACUACCAGGGAAUCUGGAGUCCUCGAAAAAUUCCUAAUCCAGAUUAUUUUGAAGAUGAUCAUCCAUUUCUUCUGACUUCUUUCUCUGCUCUUGGUUUAGAGCUUUGGUCUAUGACAUCUAAUAUCUACUUUGAUAAUUUUAUUAUCUGUUCAGAAAAAGCAGUAGCAGAUCACUGGGCUGCAGAUGGUUGGGCAGUGAAAAUAAUGAUAGCAAAUGCUAAUGAGCCUGGUGUAUUUAAACAGAUAAUGGCAUCUGCUCAAGAGCAACCAUGGCUUUGGUUCAUUUGCCUUGUGAUAGCAGUGCUACCAAUAGCAUUAAUUACAUCAUUUUGUUGGCCAGGAAAAGUAAAGAAAAAAUAUGAAGAUACAGAGUACAAAAAAACUGACAUAUGUAAACCACAAACAAAGGGAGCACUGGAGGAAGAAGUGAAGGAAGAGGAAUCAGCCCUGGAAAAACCACUAGACUUGGAGGAGGAGGAGAAAAAGCAAACUGAUGGUGAAAUUCUUGAAAAAGAAGAGGAAGGUGAACCUGAGGAAAAGAGUGAAGAAGAAAUUGAAAUCAUACAAGGGCAAGAGGAAGGUAAUAAAUCAAAUAAGUCUGGAUCAGAGGAUGAGAUGAAAGAAGCAGAUGAGAGCACAGGAUCUGGAGAUGGUCCUAUAAAGUCAGUACGCAAAAGAAAAGUACGAAAGGACUAA